AUGACGACUCUUGAGGAUGGAACUUCUACACCCGCCAAGAAAAGGGGCGCAUUUAAGAUAAAGAAGUCUGUGCGAAUCGAAGUGCCGGUUGCUCCCGUCACGAAGGCCGCCAAGCACGAGAAUGACAGCCGCUCGAUGUGCCCAGAAUCUGGGAAAUCAGUCGACUACAAUUCUGCCUUCCAAUACAAUCUCGCUUGUCAAUUUUACACCGAGGACUAUCGCCGUGCGGCCGAGGCUCAUCGUCAAGUACGCAAAUACGUCAAGUCAUGGGUGAAGCCCGGGAUGAAAAUGAUCGACAUUUGCUCGCAACUCGAAGCCACUUCGCGGCGGCUAAUCGGCGAAAUGGGACUUGAAGCUGGACUGGCCUUUCCCACCGGCUGCUCGCUGAACAAUUGCGCUGCACAUUACACCCCGAAUGCGGGCGACGAGACUGUGUUGCAGUACGGUGACAUUUGCAAGAUCGACUACGGUAUCCAUGUACGCGGCCGUCUCAUCGAUUCGGCCUUUACCCUCCAUUUUGACCCGAAGUUUGAUCCAUUGGCCAACGCCGUCAAAGAGGCCACGAACGCCGGUAUUCGUGAGGCUGGAAUUGAUGUGCGUCUCUGUGACAUUGGAGAAGUGAUCGAAGAGGUCAUGACCUCGCAUGAAGUGGAGCUCGACGGUCGCACGUACACUGUCAAGCCGAUCCGCAAUUUGAACGGACACUCGAUCGGACAGUACAGGAUUCACGCCGGAAAGACGGUGCCUAUUGUCAAGGGUGGUGAGCAAACGAAGAUGGAGGAGAAUGAGGUGUAUGCCAUUGAAACGUUCGGAUCAACCGGCAAGGGCUACGUCCACGAUGAUAUGGAGUGCUCGCACUACAUGAAGAACUUUGACCUCGCCGAGCAGCACAUUCCAUUGCGACUACCGCGAUCAAAGGGCCUCCUUCAGACGAUCGACAAGAACUUUGGCACACUGGCUUUCUGCCGACGUUGGCUGGAUCGCUUGAACGAAACCAAGUACCUGAUGGCUUUGAAGGACUUGUGCGAUAAGGGAAUCGUCGACGCCUACCCGCCCCUCUGCGAUGUCAAGGGCUCGUACACCGCCCAGUGGGAACAUACAAUUCUGAUGCGUCCCACUUGCAAGGAGGUCGUCUCUCGCGGCGAAGACUAU